UUCUUUCUCCCUCUCAGAACCUUCCUGCCGCCGAGUUCGGACCUCGCUGCUCCAGCCUCCGGGCCCCGUCCCAUCCUUCCAGCCUGCGACCAGCAGCAGAGAAAAACUAAUUACAUAUCAUUUUCUUGCCCCGUACACACUUGUGAGGCGAGCAAAAAGAUUACAAUAAAUUUUUAAAAUGAGGGAAAUCGUGCACAUCCAGGCCGGUCAGUGUGGCAAUCAGAUCGGUGCCAAGUUCUGGGAGGUGAUCAGUGAUGAACAUGGCAUCGACCCCACCGGCACCUAUCAUGGGGAUAGCGACCUGCAGCUGGACCGCAUCUCCGUGUACUACAAUGAAGCCACAGGUGGCAAAUAUGUUCCUCGUGCUAUCUUGGUGGAUCUAGAACCCGGGACCAUGGACUCUGUUCGCUCAGGGCCUUUUGGUCAGAUCUUCAGACCAGACAACUUUGUUUUUGGUCAGUCUGGGGCAGGCAACAACUGGGCCAAGGGCCACUAUACAGAGGGGGCCGAGCUGGUCGACUCAGUCCUGGAUGUGGUUCGGAAGGAGGCCGAGAGCUGUGACUGCCUGCAGGGCUUCCAGCUGACCCACUCGCUGGGCGGGGGCACAGGCUCUGGAAUGGGCACCUUGCUCAUCAGCAAGAUCCGUGAAGAGUAUCCUGACCGCAUCAUGAACACCUUCAGUGUGGUGCCCUCACCCAAAGUGUCCGACACUGUGGUUGAGCCCUACAAUGCCACCCUCUCCGUCCAUCAGCUGGUGGAGAACACUGAUGAGACCUACUGCAUUGACAACGAGGCCCUUUACGACAUCUGCUUCCGCACCCUCAAGCUGACCACGCCAACCUACGGGGACCUGAACCACCUCGUCUCGGCCACCAUGAGUGGUGUCACCACCUGCCUCCGCUUCCCUGGCCAGCUCAAUGCUGACCUCCGCAAGCUGGCGGUUAACAUGGUGCCCUUCCCACGUCUCCACUUCUUCAUGCCUGGCUUUGCCCCUCUCACCAGCCGUGGAAGCCAGCAGUAUCGGGCCCUCACUGUGCCUGAGCUCACCCAGCAGGUCUUCGAUGCCAAGAACAUGAUGGCAGCCUGUGACCCCCGCCAUGGCCGGUACCUCACUGUGGCUGCUGUCUUCCGUGGGCGGAUGUCCAUGAAGGAGGUGGACGAGCAGAUGCUCAACGUGCAGAACAAGAACAGCAGCUACUUCGUGGAGUGGAUCCCCAACAACGUCAAGACGGCCGUCUGCGACAUCCCGCCCCGUGGCCUCAAGAUGGCGGUCACCUUCAUUGGAAACAGCACAGCCAUCCAGGAGCUGUUCAAGCGCAUCUCAGAGCAGUUCACUGCCAUGUUCCGCCGGAAGGCCUUCCUCCACUGGUACACAGGUGAGGGCAUGGACGAGAUGGAGUUCACCGAAGCUGAGAGCAACAUGAACGACCUCGUCUCCGAGUACCAGCAGUACCAGGAUGCCACCGCAGAAGAGGAGGAGGAUUUCGGUGAGGAGGCCGAAGAGGAGGCCUAAGGCCGAGUCCCCAUCACCUCAGGCUUCUCAGUCCCCUCUGCCUUCUUCCUCAACCGCCCCUUUCCUCUCCCUCAGAAUUUGCGUUUUCUGCCUCUUUUUUUUUUCUUUUUUUUUGGGGGGGUUCUAGAACAGUGCCUGGCACAUAAUAGGCGCUCAAUAAAUAUCUGUUUGUUGAA